AUGGGAAUCCACCAAGCUGUCUUGUGGGCUAGAGACAGCGCACGAUCUUUGGCAGCUCAGCCAGAUCCUGGGUGGGUGAAAAUCAACUCUGAUGCAGCGUUUCAGGCAGCUGGCAAUGUGGGUCACCAUGGAGCGUUCAAGGUAGCACAAGCGCGCUGGUAUGAUCGAGGCCUCGAUGCUUGUAUGAUGGAGGCUCUGGCGUGCCGUGAUGGGCUGAAGCUUGCCAAGCAACAUGGGGAACAGCGCGUGGUGCUGGAGACGGACUGUUUGGAGCUAGUAAACCUGUGGAAGACUGAAGUACAAUGCUCCAUCGUUGAUCCGGUUUUGAAGGAAAUUCAGGAAUUGCGUCUUGCCUUUCAAGAUUUCUCUUUCGUUUGUCUUUGUCAAGCAAGCCAGGAACUGACUCGCGAUGAACAAGGGGUGAUCUUUAGCAUCACUGCCCGUCCUUGGUCAGAUCUCUGUGUCUUGGUUGGGGUGCGGCUAAUGGAACUGAAUCAGGGAAAGGAGAAGGAGGAUUUAGUCCAGGAGGUGGGAGAGGGAUCUCUUAUUCCUCUUGGAACUGAUAGUGCGAGUGUGAAGGGAAUGAAGGGGCAAGGCCAUGGAAUUGAGGAGCAAGUUUCAGAUCUAUUUGGUAAGCUUAAUUUGACUGCAAAAGAGAAGGAAGUACUAGUCUUGGAAGAUGCCGAUGAUCCAGAAUUAGCUGUAGCAAAGUAUGCAGUGAUUGGGAAGAUUCUUGCGCCCAACUCUUUACAGCUGCAAACCAUUAUGGCUGCUAUGCGACCAGCAUGGGGCAACCCAAGGGGAUUGAUGGCGAGAAUGGUUGGAGAUAAUCUGUUUAUUGCUGAGUUUGAGUCUGAAGCAGACAAAAAUAGGAUUCUUGAUGGCUCUCCGUGGUAUAUAGGUAGGCAAUCUGUGGGGCGACAAGUUGUGAUCCUACAAGAUUUUAAUUAUGAUAUAAGCCCAACUGAUGUAUCGUUUGAUGAAUUGGCCAUUUGGGUGAAUAUUUUGAAUCUUCCUUUGGGGCUACGACAUGAAAAAUGGGGUUUUGAGCUGGCUGCUUCUAGAGAUGAAAAAAGUUGUUUGCCUUACAGUGAAAAAUUGUGUGCUCCUGAGGAAAGAAGAUUGAAGAAUCAAAGUGAAUGGUUUGCCCAGAGUAGUAACCCCUGUAGGAAAAGUAACUCUUCUGAAGCUUGGGGAAGUUCAGAUUCCAGAAAAUCUUCUACAAAAAAAAGUGAUGAUAAAGAUAAAGAUUUCAGAAAAGAAGUUGGAGAUGGGAGUGGUUUCGAGGCAUCCUCACCAAUAAGGAACCAGGUGCUUAACGAUGUUAACACGACUAGAAAUGAUAUUUUUAUGUAUGAUUAUUCGGUAGAUGAUAAUCAGAUUCCUGCGCACACAAAAAAGCGUAAAUCUGAUGAAAACCUCAUGGAGAAUGUAGCAAAAGUGCAAGGAGAUCAUACGGAAGUGUUUGAUGGAAAGUCGAUGGCCCUAGUUCCGACAAUAAAAGGGAAUUUUCCUUCUCAAGUUAGAAGUGGGAGUGAUGCUUCUGGAUUGGGGAAUGGCCUGGCAAUUCGAGGGCUUCUGGAUAUCCAGAAGCAGGAGGCCCCUGAUAUUCUUUUCCUAUCAGAAACUAAACAUGAGGGGAAAUGGUUAGAUUGGUUAAGGUGGAAGCUAGAAAUGCCUAAUUUAGUGACAGUUGGUAGUGUGGGAACUAGCGAGGGUUUAGCUCUUUUUUGGAGGAGAGGGAUUGAGUUGGAGGUGAAAAGUUUCUCGAAAUAUCACAUUGACAGUGUGAUAGAAGAAGAUGAUGGGCUUGAAUGGAGAUUUACUGGCAUUUAUGGCGAGUCAAAAAAUGAAGAAAAGGAUAAUACUUGGGAGACCUUACGUCUCUUGAAGGAACAAUUUGAGAUGCCAUGGCUCUGUAGCGGAGAUUUCAAUGAAAUUUAA